GGGAACCGAGCACCGGGCUGCGGGUCCAGGACGGAGAGGAGAAGGAGAGUACUCGGUGUGGAGGAUUUUAAAUCAGAUUUUCGGCUUUUUUCGGAGAGUUUCGGGGGUUUGUUUUUGUGAGCGUCGCCGCGCGUCCUGUCCGUCUCAAUGGUGUUUGUGACUGAGCGUGAGGUCUGCGGAGCGCUGAGCUGGGAUGUAGCGGAGGGGAAACCCACAUAGAGCCGCUGUGAAGUCUUGUUUUCCUGCAGCGGGAGUCAGAGCAAAAGGUAGAUGACAUUUUAAGAGGCUGCUGAUUGUUCCUGGAAACUCUCCUCUGAAAGUCUGCAGACUCUUGUGACAUUGAUGGUGGCUUCCUUUAUGAUGGCCCCCCUCCGGAGGUCAUACUGACCCCUCUGAUUUCCCUCCUCAUCACUGCCCCUCACCCCAAUGAUGACUAUGAGCUCUAUAUCGGACACUUUAGUCCCGCCCGAUCCCUCCAAAUCCGCCUUCCUGGAGUUCGGCGGCCACGGGUACCCCGGGCACCAGCAGCCCUCCCCGGGCCUGUCCCACAACCAUUACCCGGUCCACGGGCUGCACGCUGUGGGCCCCUCGCAGCACGACGGGCCCUUCUCCUCCGGUGCAUCGUCCUACGGACGCCCGCUGGGAUACCCGCCCUAUCACAGCCCCGUGAGCGCGCACCACCCCGGGGCCUACCUGCCUUAUCAGCACGGGGGCCACGGCGGCGCGCUCGGACACACCAGACUGGAGGAUGCAGAACACGAGAAGCCGACGGCGGUGAUCGAGAACGGGGAGGUGAGGCUGAACGGGAAGGGGAAGAAGAUCAGGAAGCCUCGGACCAUUUACUCCAGCCUGCAGCUCCAGGCCCUCAACCAGCGCUUCCAGCAGACCCAGUACCUCGCCCUGCCCGAGAGGGCCGACCUGGCGGCCAAACUGGGCCUGACGCAGACACAGGUGAAAAUAUGGUUCCAAAACAAACGAUCCAAAUACAAGAAGAUCAUGAAGAACGGGCCCUGUGGACCGGAGGGAGACCACCUCGCCCCCCCACCGCCGUCCUCCUCUUCCCCCUGCUCUCUGUGGGACAUCAGCAUGGCCGCCAAAGGUGCGCCGGUGCACUCUGGAGGAUACAUGAACAAUUUUGCUCACUGGUACCCCGGACACCAGCAGGACUCCAUGCCCAGGACUCAGAUGAUGUGACAGUCAGGAGGACGCAACACUUCCAGGACUAAUUAUGGAUUUAUACCAGUGAGAUGACUGGAGCUGUUAGAGACACGGACGUUUUUAAGAGUUUGAGCCACUCUGGAGGCAAAAAUAAUAUAACUGGCAGAGAUCAAAUGCAGUGAACAGAUACUGUGUCUUUACUUUAAGCUGGAAAGGCGAGCAGAGAGGCUGCAGCAGCGACCCUUGAGUGUACUGAACAGAGCGAGGGUUGGUUUAAUUACUUAUGAAUUCAUGUGUAAGGGGAAGAAUGUGUUAUUUCUUUCUCCAAAAGUCAGUCAGUCCUGCCAGUCACGUUAUUUCUGCCUCCAGAGGAGCUCAGCCUGCCAAGACUUUUUUCAUUAAGCUACAAUUCAAAUCUAAUGCCAGGCCUACGUCUGUGAUUCUGGACUUUAAGGGUUUUUAUGUCUUUUCAGUGGGUUAUCAGUCGGCAGAAGAGAAUGUUGGCAUUGUCUCUGCAAACCAUGAAUAUCUGACAUUUACACAUUUACACUCACAUAUCGUAUCAACAUUUCUAAAGCGAGGUAGUAUAUGAGCUGACUGUGUCAUCAGGAGGUGGAGGGGAUGCUGAAUGGCGUAACAACUAACAAAACCGGUUGUGACUUACUGAGUCAUCGCUGUUUUUCCAGUGAAAAUUUAGUCACCAAAUGUGUAUGUUUCGUAACGACCCAUUGUCGUGUUUCCAGUGGGUAUAGUGGCACGAAGAGCUGUUGUUGUUUACUGAGACAUUGCUGUGUUUCCUGCCAAGAUAGUGCCCCAAAACCAGGUAUUUUAAGCCAAAACAUUGUCUUUUCUGAACCAUAACCCAGUUGUGUUUAACUAAAUAAAAUAUUUGCUGAAGCUGUCACUAUAUCCUGACAGUAGUACAUGAAAUACAUCAUCUUCCUCUGUUUCCUCCUGGUGCUCCAAAUGGCAGUGCCAGAAUCCACUGCACCUGAAUGAAAGAAAAAAACGUACGUGGCAAAGACGAGUAUGUAAAGAAAACAGACAAAAUGUAAACUAAAAAGAAAGACUAAACCGAAGCUGAGAUAAAACAAGAAAGCAUGGGAUGUCAGUUUUGGUUAAUUUUGCUUUCAAAAGGCCGACGGCCAUUAACCAGUGACCCUUGCUCAGUGAGCUCUAGCACUAAAUAUUUUGCCUUUUAUUGUACUUUUUGUUGGCUUGCUGACAGACAGCCGGCUAACCACCUUAACACGUGGAAAAAUAGUACCCACUAUCCACCCUCCAGUCUCCACCAGUUCCUUGGCUGCUCUGUAGUGCACACCACCCAAGUCAGGAGGGAGCUAAUGUUAGCUAGCUAGCAACACCACUCAUUCAGAGAUUACAGUAACGUCCCCCCUUAGCUAGCUAGUUCCUACCAGGCUUCGGUCAAGUGCAGUGUAGUACAGUGAAGAGUAGCAAAAUUAACCUGUAGGUGUAACCAGUCAAAAUAUUAUCAGUUAACCAAUUAACGGUUAAACGUUGACAACCCUAGGCUACACAUCAGAGUUGCUUUUCCGAGGUGAAGAGAGCUACGGGGACCUUGAAGGUUUCUAAACUAGUGUUGGUUCAGAAGUGGUUUGAGUCUUCCUUUGUUUUUCAUCGUCAGUCUUCUACUGAUUGCUUAUGCUUUGCAGAAUUCUCUUGGCUCUUAUUAAUUGUUUUUGUCCAGGAGCAGGCUGUUAUCACCAUUUUUUGUCAUGUGUUUCACUACAAACAGCAGUGCACCUGAAUUCGUAUAUCUCACGUAUUUUGAAAGGCUGCGAUCACGUGAUCAAUGUGCUGAUGGCAGCAAACAAGGAAGCAGUCCCAAGUGCCAAUGAGGAGGCAGGUUGCGGUGGUGGAUGGGUCACAAAUAAAAACAAACUUUAGCUCAGGACAUUCCCCUGGAGUCACGUGUUCGCGUCUGUGUGAUCUUUGAGCACACUUUGAGUCAUUUUAAGGUACGUCCUCGCCAUGUUUCUUUUCCUAGACCUAACCUCAGUAACUUUACAUUAAUUAGAUAACUGUAUAACGUCAUUUGUGGGGUGCAAAUUCAAGGGAUAUCAUACGAACCGUUCGAUGGGAAUACAUCAUCAGGAGCAGUGGAUUCUUGCAAAUGCAAUCAGGAGCAGUAGGUGGAGGCAAAGGAACAGAUAAUCUGUCCAACUUAUCCUCAGACAACGGUUCAUAUGGAAUCCUACGAAUUAACGCCCCACAAAUAAGGUUACGUCCUUAACGUAGUUAUGUAAUUCAUGUUACUGUGGUUAGGUUUAGGCAAGUAAAGUUGCUGAGGUUAGGUUUUAAAAAGGAAACAUGGAGAAGACAUACCUUAAAAUGACUCAAAGUUUACACGGAUCCAAACAUCGGUCUCCAGGGGAAAGUCCUGUGUUUUGUGACCCGUCAGACACCACAACCUGCCUCCCAACUGGACCUCUCAGGACCGCUUCCUUCUUUACUCCAGUCAGCACAUUAGUCACGUGAUUGCAACUUUCCAAAUUACAUGGGUUACAAAUUUUGAUGCCUUUAUUUAACGUAUGUAAGAACAGCCUGAUCUGUCUCGUACUUGGGUCAGGAUACAGUGAUAGUUUCAGAAAAUAUGACAAAAAGAUAAUUAUAUAAAAACAGAACCACUAACCACAACAUUUUUGAGCAUUUCAUAAUAAAGUGCAAAUGUAACGUAUACAUGGUUUACACAAACUAAAUGCCAUCAUGCCUUCUUGUGAUUGGGGUUUUGGUGGGGUGGGUACAUGUGUAAAAAUAAGGGUUCUUCAGGGUCUCUUCAGUGCUGGUCUUUAUGGAUCUGAUUCAGAGGACCCUCUGGUUUGAUAAGAAACAGAUUAAAGAACUUCUGAUGUUUGUGUGUAUUUUUGUAAUUCUGACAGGGUGUGUAGCAUAUACAGCUUUACAGAGCCGUGGCGGAGGGGUUGAUUACAGCACCAGCAGAGGCUCUGAUAUGAACAAGCAGCUAUUUUAUGGUACUUAUAAUCCCCCUUUUUUAAGACUGUAUGGGAAAAAGGCACUGAAUGGAUGAGGUUACUUUAUUGUAUGAGUCAAAUUUUAUAUAUAUUUUUUCAUUAUAAUAAAAAAUCUAAAGUUGCUUUAAAGGCCCAAAAGAAAAUGACAGAAAUGUAUUUGAAAGCCAAAUAUGUGUUUAAAAAAAUGUGUCUCAUUCUCAUAAUUAACUCCAUUGACUAAUUUUAAGUAACUGAUCACAUCACUCCUGCAAGUCUUUGUUUCUGUUGCUGUUGGAUGGAGGGACUUUGCUGCACAAAAGGGUUUAAUUAAUUGAUUGUGAACAUUUCACCUUUCUUUUUUUCUCUGAUGGAUUUCAGUUUUGGUUGCUGUCACUUUAAAUGUUUGAUCCCAAAACUCGUUGUUUCUGCUCAUCUUCUGAAGUGGGAAACUCCUGCAGUUUACAGUCGCCAUGAUUUGUUCAACAACCUCUUAAAUUAGAGUUAGAGUUAAUACAGUUAAUAUUUUGCUGAUAACACAUCGGCUAUGGGUCAGGACGUGCCAUGUUUUUUGGAAAUAAAUCAAAC